AUGACACCCACCCACAUGUGUGAAGAACCACCGCAGUACGCAGCGGUAUGCGAGCGAGAAUGCUACCGGAGCAGCAGCAUAGGGGAGCGCCGUUGCCUGUUUGACAUUUCGGUUCUGUGCUCCCGCGUUUUUAACCAGUUUUAUUUUGAUAGAGGAAUGACUGCGGCUCUCUAGAAUCAACCCUUGUUCCCGCGCAAUGACUUGCGCUAAGUGCACGCGCUUGGAACAUGUACGGAUAUCAACGCUUCGGGCUGACUGAUUCUAUUCCGGGAGCCAGGUGCUAGACUUCCCCCUGUCCGUUUCGUUAUCCGUCGAUAGUAGCGCGUUGUGUAUACACACAGCCGCUAUAUGUCAGCGGCAGCAGACGGUUGGUGCCCAUCAACAACAUAUGGUCGCCCAUUGAUCGCCGACAGUACUCAGCUCGGCGGUCGUGUGUCUGUAUGUGUUUGGUUAGGUUUCUGUCCAAAUGUCGUUGUGGUUGUCGUCGUCGAAUGUUUCGACGACAGCGUUUACUUGUACGUCCACGCAGACUAUUCUCGUCGCUGUGAUAAUCUCGCUACUGCUCAGGUAUGCGUGGGAUCAAGUACGCAAGGGGAGAAAUCUACCACCGGGACCCGUCGGCUGGCCGCUGCUAGCAAACCUAUCGGUGCUACGGCGGUCGGCGCACGCGUCCCUAGCCGAACUGUCGCAGCGUUACGGCGACGUGACCAGCCUGUACAUAGGACGUCGGCUGGUCGUCGUGCUCAGUAGCUACGCUGUGAUAAGAGAGGCUUUCGUGAAGCAGGGCGACGUAUUCGCUGGUCGGCCACAGUUGUUCAUCGACGACCUUUCCGAUGAACAUAAAGGCAUCAUCACCACCGACGGACGGCAGUGGAAGCAGCUGCGAAAGUUUGCGCUCGUCGCUCUGCGUCAGGUCGGCAUGGGGAAGCCGAAGAUGGAGCGACUCAUCGCCGACGAGGUGUCCGGUCUCCUCGGCAUGUUUCGCGACACGGGCGGACGUGCGUUCGACCCGCGCCGCGCCGUCGUCACGAGCGUCGCCAACGUCGUCUGCCGCAUGCUGUUCGGCGUCCGCUACGAGCACGACGACGCCGACUUCGCCGCGCUCCUGCACGACCUCGACGCGACCUUCGAACUCGCGCGCAACGCGUCCGUGCUCAACUUUGCGCCGCUGCUGCGCUUCGUGCCAGGGGGCGCCGCGCGGCGAGACUACGUGGCGAUCGAUGCCGGCGUGCAGAGGCUGAAGGCGUUUAUCGACGCUCACGUCGGCGCGCACGAGGCGACCUAUGACCCCGGUCACGCCCGCGACAUCACCGACCUGUUUCUCGCAGAGAUGAAGAAGGCGGACGCCGACGCGGAGGUUUACAACGUGGAGCAACUAAAGAUAUUUUUACUAAACCUCUUCGUCGGUGGCACGAUGACAACAUUCCUAACCAUCAGGUGUUCGCUGAGAUUCCUCAGCGAACACAAAAGUAUUCAGAAGAAGGUGCAGGCAGAGUUAGAGGAGGUGAUCGGCUCUGGACGUUUGCCAAGAUUUCAGGAUAGAAAGAAUCUUCCAUACACAGAGGCGACCAUCAUGGAAGUGCAGCGAUUUGGUCCGGUCGUUCCUCUGGGCAUCGUGCACUGCAACACAGAACACACGAGCCUGCGAGGGUACGAGAUACCCAAGCACGCUGUCGUAUUCGCCAACAUCUGGAGCCUGCACAUGAGCAAGGAGUUCUGGGGUGAUCCUGAAACAUUCCGGCCGGAAAGGUUCUUCGAUGGAACAGGAAGCUUAAUGCGGCCAGAUAAUCUCCUGCCGUUUUCGAUCGGGCGUCGUGUGUGUCCAGGGGAGGCCCUCGCGAAAAUGGAACUGGUGCUCUUCAUCACAUCCAUUCUGCAACACUUCACACUGACUCUGGAAGCGGAGGAGGAGUUGCCCAGGGAUGCCGCGAGAGGGAAAGCUUGGAACAAGAAGCCCAUAGCUCCAGCGGCGUACUACAUCACUGCUAGGGUGCGCUGUUGAAGCAGUGACCUUUACGAAAUCAUGUGAGGAGUCUGGAAUAAAUUGUGAGACUUCUGAGAUGAAGAAGCCCUAAAUACCGGCAGCUUCGCAUUGCAUCGCACGAUGCUGCUGAUAUACAGACAAUCACUGAAGCACUGAAGCCAGUGUCGAGUCGGAAGGCAGCUGGGAAAACGAAGCCUAUAUGGCUCCAGCUUUGGGCCGCCUCUGAGCCACGCCAGAAUGUGGAUGCUAAAUGUUCCAGACAAUCAUUGAUGCUGGCAUGACUGACAUGCCAGUUGGGGAGAAGGAGCCCAGGAGCCCGUUGUCAGAAACAAAAUUAGUCUCAACAUUAGUCUUAACAUUAACUUUUUCUCAUAUACCAUUGACAGAAACACGGUAAGGUUGAGUGUCUCACGGACAGUGUCGAGUUGCAGUGGCGCCCGCAGAUAGAAGCACUGGAAGCACAGUGCUUCCAGUAAAUUUUGGGUUAAACAAUUUUGUUCU